UUUCCGAGCUGAGAUCUCUGGCCUGUCAGUACUUCUUGGACAUGAGGGUGUUUUCUCUCGUGCCUAAUUACGCAGGUUGGGAAUCUGAGAUACAGGGAAGGGCAGCGGCUGGCCCUGGGUCGGUCAGAUAAAUUAGGACAGAAGCAGGACCAGCAUCAAUUCUUUUCUCCUGCUCAUCCCUUUCACGGAGGAGUUCUAAGCCCCGACUCACUGUAUGACCUAAAGCCAGUCUCUGCCUGUCGCUGGGCCUCAGUUUGCCUGUCCUCAGUUUAAUAAAGAUUAUCUAGCACUCCUGGUCGGCUCCCUCAACCGCUCAAAGCUGAUUGUACCCUUAUAAUAUGAAGACAUUGAGGCCCAGAGAGGUUAAGUGACUCAGCCAAGGUCAAACAGCUAGUAAGUGUUGGAGCCAGGACUCAAAGCCAGGAGCCAUGUCCACUUUGUUCCCCUCACUCUUCCCUCGUGUGACUGAGACACUGUGGUUUAAUCUGGAUCGACCCUGUGUGGAAGAGACAGAGCUGCAGCAGCAGGAACAGCAGCAUCAGGCCUGGCUCCAAAGCAUCGCAGAGAAAGACAACAACCUGGUUCCUAUUGGCAAGCCAGCCUCAGAGGCCUGUAGGGCUUACAGGCUCUGUCCUGCCCACCAGCACUAUGAUGACGAGGAAGAAGAGGAUGAUGAAGACGAUGAGGAUAGUGAAGAGGACUCAGAGGAUGAUGAGGACAUGCAGGACAUGGACGAGAUGAAUGACUACAAUGAGUCGCCUGAUGACGGAGAGGUCAAUGAGGUGGACAUGGAAGGCAACGAACAGGAUCAGGACCAGUGGAUGAUCUAGGUAGACAAGGCAGGGUGGCCUCAGAGAGAUUCCAGGCCAGCCCAAACUACCCUGCAUCCCAACCCCCAACCCCUGCCCACAGAACCAGCUGAUGGCCCCAGUGCCUGAAAGUGCCCUUGGGCACCUCCUCAGCUGCUGCCAGGAUCUGGUCUCCUUGGCCCCUCCUAGGCCAUCGAUCUGCACUUGAAAUCCCCAGGGCCUGAGCCCCACUCCACCUUCCUGGCCAGUACCUCACCCCUUGAUUGGCAGGUCUGGUCUCUUUCUAAGUUUCUUUAAUAAAGACAAAGGAGUGAUUUUUCCCCCA